GGAAAUUGCUCAUAUCACUAAUUGCUGCAUCUUCAACGCUGUGUGCUACCAUAUUCUUGCUCAUGGGGUGCUUCUGGGUUUAUCAAAGAAAGAAAAUCAAGAAAUCUCACAGGGACGCCAUUCAUAUUCCACCAGAUAUUGUUAAUGGGCAUCCAUUUUCAUCAUACAUUAGAAAACAGACCUCUUUGAAGUCAAGUAUUUGGAAAGGGCAUGUUUCUUUGUGGGAAUAUGACACACUUGAAUCAGCCACAAAGAGUUUUCAAGAGAGUGAGAUCUUAGGUGGAGGGGGGUUUGGGUCUGUGUACAAGGGAAAAGUAGAAGAGAACUUUUAUGUUGCUGUGAAGAGGCUUGAAGUUGGAAGACCAGAUUCAGUAACAACAUUUGAGACUGAGAAAGAGGUAUUGAGUGCAAUUCAGCAUCCAAAUAUAAUUUCACUGUUGGGAUAUAGCAUUCAUGCUGAGACCAGGCUGCUAGUUUAUGAAUUGAUGCAGAAUGGUUCUCUGGAAAAUCAACUGCAUGGACCCUCUCAUGGAUCGGCAUUAACGUGGAACCGCAGAAUGAAAAUUGCCCUUGAUAUUGCAAGGGGAUUAGAAUAUUUACAUGAACGCUGCAAACCGCCCGUCAUCCAUAGAGACCUGAAAUCCUCAAACAUUCUUCUAGAUGCCAACUUCAAUGCCAAGCUUUCAGAUUUCGGUCUUGCUGUGCGUCACAUGGCUCGAAACAAGAACAAGAUUAAGCUCUCAGGAACUGUUGGCUAUGUAGCUCCAGAGUACCUACUAGAUGGAAUACUAACAGAGAAAAGUGAUGUCUAUGGCUUUGGAGUUGUGCUUUUAGAGCUUCUACUAGGAAGAAGGCCAAUGGAGAAACUGGAACCAGCUCAAUGCCAGUCUAUCGUCACGUGGGCCAUGCCACAACUCACAGACAGAUCAAAGCUUCCAAGCAUUGUUGAUCCCGCGAUUCGCGACUCAAUGGACAUCAAGCAUCUCUGCCAGGUUGCAGCUGUUGCUGUGCUCUGCGUUCAGCCGGAGCCAAGUUAUCGUCCAUUGAUAACAGACGUGUUGCAUUCUCUUAUACCUCUGGUACCCAUUCAUCUUGGUGGGACGCUAAGUGUUUCUCAGGAACUGUGAUUUUCAGGCAUUGAUCUUCGCGGGACGCUUCAAGUUUCUCAACAAUCACUGAGGUUUUUUUUGGUCAUGGAACUAAUAACAUCUCACUGACAUCUCUUCUCUCCAUCUCUCUACUUUGGAUCUAGACAUCCAUUGAGAAUGAUAAAGAGAGUCACAUUACAUAUUUCCUCUUGUGAUGUGAAUGAUGAGCCUGUUUGGGAAUAGCGUUAGAGAUUAACGUUAGCGUUUUGGAUAAAAUUUUAAUGGUGCAGAUUACUUUGAAAACGCUAACGCUAAACGCUUGCCGUAGAUAGCCUUUUUCAAAACGUCGACGCUAAUCUCUAACGCUAUUCCCAAACAGACCCGAUAUCUCCCAAAUAUUUCAACUGUAAUUUAGAUGAGUGAGGGAUAUAUAAUGAGAACAGAAUCCAUACAAUAUUCUUUGAAUGGAUUGGAAAAAAGAUAAUGGCCUUGU